GAGGGUGAUUGCAAUCAUUUUGGAGAGCCCGAGUUCACCUACGCUAGUUUGCACACUAUCCAUUGCAAGUUCCGAUUCAUCAACACACUCAAAUGGAUAAAACAAAGUCACAAUCAUUCUGACAGCGGACCAAAUCUCCUCGUCGCGAAGCGCACGGCCUGCGAGGAGCCAAGUAUCGCCCCCGAUUGCAAAAGAGCCAAACGCUUUCAUGAUGGGUUGACAGAGCCGGAUGUCAAAACUCCUGGUCUAGCCUGGAGGGUACCUUUCCCAGAGAAGGCGCUUAAAUGUCAAACCACCCCCCUUCUAACUAUUCUAAAGCUUGCUAUUUUGGAAGAACGAAAUGGCGAGAUCGAGUUCAGAGUUGUCAACAAUGAUGGCUCCAGAGAGAGUACGAUUAUCCUUACAGGUCUUAAUGCAUAUUUCAAAGGCAACUUCCGGAAACGCCUAAGGAUUACAUCGCACGUCUCGUCUACGACCGUACUCAUUUAUCGAUCGCUAUCGUCAAAAUGCCUCUGGAGGUCAUUGGCGGCAUAUCAUUCCGAGAAUUUCGAGACCGCAAUUUCGUCUGAUCAGCAAGUGAAAGGGUAUGGAGCGCAUCUUAUGGGCCAUCUCAAGGAUUAUAUAAGAGCUACUUCCCCUGUGAUGCAUUUUCUGACCUAUGCCGAUAAUCACGCCACCGGGUAUUUUCAAAAGCAAGGUUUUACUAAGGAGAUCACUCUCUACAAGUCUAUCUGGAAGGGUUGUAUCAAGGAUUACGAGGGAGGGACACUUAUGCAAUGCUCUAUGCUUGCCCGAAUACGGUAUCUCGAAGUUGGUCGAAUGCUUCUCAAGCAGAAAGAAUCCGUUCUAGCUAAAAUACGCACCUUGGGCAAAAAUCAUAUAAUUCAUCUACCGCCUCAGCAAUGGGCUAACGCUAACGACGGCGUUGUGAUUCCACUCGAUCCACUCUCUAUCCCUGCCGUCCGGGCAACUGGUUGGUCUCCAGAUAUGGACGAGUUAGGGCGAGACUCGUGCCAUGGAUCUCGUUUCAAAGGACCGAAUUUCAACGAAUUUCGACGUUUUAUGAAUGAAAUCCAAAACCAUACACAAGCAUGGCCCCUCCUCAAUCCAAUCGACAAAGACGAAUACCAUUGCAUCACCAAUGGAUCUAUCGACUAUCGAAGGAAGAUUGGAGCUUUACACUACUCCGAAAGACCUUAUCGACGCAAAUUGAUCUUCAGUAAUUGUCGGCAGUAUAAUGACGCUACAACGGUAUACACUAAGUGUGCGCUCAAGCUAGAGAAGUGCAUGUGGAAACUCAUCGAGGAGAUUCCGGAGUGGUCUUACAUGCUUGAAGAAUGA